AUGGAAUGGACUCUAGCUGUCUGCUUGCUUUUUUUCUUUGGGCUCGCGUUAUUCUUUAACGCUUUCAACAAACCCACAAUUACUCGAAACGGAUCUCGGCUCAGAAAUUCUCCUGGUACCUUACCAAUCGUUGGCAACGGGAUUGUUUUUCUCCAGCCCCGGGAGAAUCUCUUCAAGUGGUUCACUGGAUGCAUUGAAUCCUAUGGCCGGGAAACUCUGCGCAUCAAGGUCCCUUUUCUACCCCCAGGAGUCAUCAUAUCCGACCCUGCCAACCUUGACUACAUAUUUAAACAUGACGGUAUCUUCGAGAAAGGAAAAUUCUUCAAAGAACGCUUAUGGGAUUUAUUCGGAAACGGCAUCGUUAAUGUGGACGGAGAUCUAUGGAAGCAGCAGAGAAAGGCGGGAUUGCAAUUCUUUAGUGUUGCUAAUAUGAGACAUCUGGCUAACUCGGAACUGCCAACGAUACUCGAACAUGCUGUUGAGAAUCUGAUGUUGAGGGCAGACGGGAAGACAGUGGUAGACCUGGAGGCCGUGAUGCAUGAGAUUACAACACAGCUGAUGGGCAAACUGGCUUAUGGGAUGGAAAUGCAUGCGGAUGACGACUUUACAGUUGCCUUUGACUAUGUUUCUGGCAUGAUCGCGAAGCGAUUCCAAAAUCCACUUUGGUUCGUCACAGAAUUUAUUACUGGCUGGAAAUUGCGCAGAUCCAUUCGAACGAUGAAAGAUUUUGGCCAGCAUCUGGUUUCACACGCUCUCGCUGUUAGGAAUUCCAAAGCCAUGGACAGCUCAAACAUGGAUCACGAGACAUCAGGAGACCUCAUUCAUGCGUUGUUCGACUCUCUCGGGGACGAGAAACUGGUUGCAGAUUCGGCUUUGAAUUACCUUUCUGCAGGCAAGGACACAGUCGCCCAGGCGCUGACGUGGACGUUCUAUCUGCUCAUGAAGCACGAAGGAAUGGCCGACACAUUACACAAAGUCAUCCAAGACGAUGUGCAAGAUAAUUCUACCGAUCUCUUGCUUACUCCGGAACAUCUAAAGCCCAACAGCGUUGCAUAUAUAGUCGCCACAUUCUACGAAUCGCUCAGACUACACCCGCCAAUUCCAGUCGAGAUUAAACAAGCUCAGCAAGAUACGAUUCUGCCCGAUGGCACGUUUCUCAGCAAAAAUACAAUUGUCGUCUGGUGCACCUGGGCUCUGAAUCGAUCUAAGACAACAUGGGGUAGCGAUGCCGACCAAUAUCGACCCGACAGGUGGCUAGCUGGUGGACAAAUUCUUCAGCGAAGCGCUGCAGAUUUUCCAGUGUUUCAAGGCGGUUCGCGGCUUUGUCUGGGCAAGAAAAUGGCCGAGUUGAUUGCUGUCCAGGUUAUUAUGACGCUGAUAACUACAUUUGAAAUUUCACCGGCAUUUGAGGGGGACAAAGUUAGUCGGACUCACUUGACCUUGCCGAUGGAAGGAGGGUUACACGUAUAUUUGAAGCGACGAUCUGUGAAGGACCACACGGGACUUUCAUCCAGUUGA